GUUGUCUCUCAACCGCAAGCUGUAACUUCUUCCGGCGGACCAGGACUCUGGUUUUACAGCAGUCGACCAGUCUAGGGUUCUCGGGUUUGCCCAUGUUUCUGUCCUAUGCUAGGCAGUUUGGCUCCAACUCAUGCAAGAACGUUAUUGUGUGGCCGGGCGAAUUCUGUAACCGAGAGACAGACGACCCCAUUGCCAGAGACAGUGGUGACAGUGGCGAGGAGGACAGCAGAGUCCACGGCCGCUUGGGAAGAUGGAAGAACUGAGUCAAGCCCUAGCUAGUAGCUUUUCUGUGUCUCAAGAACUGAACAGCACAGCUGCCCCGCACCCUCGACUGUCCCAAUACAAGUCCAAGUACAGUUCCUUGGAGCAGAGUGAGCGGCGCCGCCAGUUGCUAGACCUACAGAAAUCCAAUCGGUUGGAUUAUGUGAACCAUGCCAGAAGACUGGCUGAAGAUGACUGGACAGGGAUGGAGAGUGGAGAAGAAGAAGAUAAGAAAGAUGAAGAGGAAAUGGAUGUUGACCCUGGCAAGAAGUUACCAAAACGCUAUGCUAAUCAAUUAAUGCUUUCUGAGUGGUUAAUUGACGUCCCUUCAGAUUUGGGGCAAGAAUGGAUUGUGGUUGUGUGUCCUGUUGGGAAAAGAGCCCUUAUCGUGGCCUCCAGGGGUUCAACCAGUGCCUACACCAAGAGUGGCUACUGUGUCAAUAGGUUUCCUUCCCUUCUGCCAGGAGGCAACAGGAGAAACUCAACAACAGCCAAAGACUACACCAUUCUGGACUGCAUUUACAGUGAGGCGAACCAGACCUACUAUGUUCUGGAUGUGAUGUGCUGGCGGGGACACCCUUUUUAUGACUGUCAGACUGAUUUCCGAUUCUACUGGAUGCAUUCAAAAUUACCAGAAGAAGAAGGACUCGGAGAGAAAACCAAGAUUAAUCCUUUUAAGUUUGUGGGGCUAAAGAAUUUCCCGUGUACUCCUGAGAGCCUGUAUAAGGUGCUGUCUAUGGAUUUUCCUUUCGAGGUAGACGGACUUCUUUUCUACCAUAAACAGACCCACUAUAGCCCUGGGAGUACUCCCUUGGUGGGCUGGCUGCGCCCCUACAUGGUAUCCGAUAUUUUAGGUGUAGUCGUCCCAGCUGGUCCGCUGACCACCAAGCCAGAAUAUGCUGGGCACCAGCUCCAACAGAUUAUGGAGCACAAGAGGAGCCAGGAGGACAUGAAGGAGAGACUCACACACAAGACUUCUGAUGGGCACUAUGAGCUGGAGCACCUGUCUACUCCCAAGUUGAGGACUCCUCCCCACAGCCCUGAGAGUGUCAUGGACAACUAAAGUGGACAACCCACGAAAGAGUGGGGAUGAGGACAGUGAUGAGAGGUGACUUUAUUUCAGAGUACGCUUUCCAAACUCACACUACCAAAACCAGCUUGACCCUUGUCUGGAAUGUUGGCUCAGACUAUUGGGGGUGGGUCCCUUUUGAAUGGAGUUGGAAUCCGGGUAGAUUUGAAUAUCUCUUGCUGUGGUAAGUAUGUCCCAGGUCUACAAGGUAAAUAUAUGACUCUUAAGAAAAAGUUGCUUGUGCUUAUUAAGAUUUAGAAAUGUCCUCACUUUCCUGUUACUCCCUAGGACACUUACAGCACAACUGUUCAAAUCUUGGCCCAUCUCACCCCUUUUAGUACUCAAACAUUCUGCUGAGUUUCCAGCUGCUGCUGUUGGUAAUGCCAUUUUCUGAAAGGUCUUACCAGGAACUGCAGUUCUUGGUAUUUGAAUAUGUUCCUUCUUCUGAGAAAACAAGUGUGAUUUUUCUACUGUUUAGACCUUUCCAGAGAUAAAAUGCUAAUGGGCUUCAUUUACUUUAAGAAAUGUUAGAGCCUCUAUCAGGAGAUAAACCCUGUGCUAGGCCUCUGAGAUGUAGGUUACUGAGGCAGACAAGACCUUGAGGGGUAUGCCAUCCCCUGAGAAAAUAAGCACCAGAGCAUGUAGAGCACGGUGAAGUGAUUGCUUAGUGCAGAAAAGUGCCCGAGCUUAGGGGCAAAGGAAGAGCAGAUUUCACAGAGGUGCAUGGAACUGGGCUGAGCCUCCAGGGAGGGACCUGGUAUACUGUGCAGGCCAUGAAGAAAGCCCGUCCUCAAAGAGUGACAUGAUAUGUAGCCACACUCCCCUAGAGCAGGGUGGGACUUGGUCUGGAAUCAAGUAGGUUCAACAUGAGUCCAGUAUAAAAUAGGAGUGGAGAGUUAGGGAGAGGAGGCUCGAAGGCAGAGGGGAGCUUUAGAUUUUUUUUUUUUUAAUCCUAGUGAAAGAGAAUUAAGGAAAAGCCCUGGGGCAAGAUCCCUUCAGAUCUGUGAAGUAAAGCUCUUCAUGAGCUAUAAAAGUAGGAGAUGGUGUUUAAAAUUACCUAGUUAGUUCUUAUUCUGUUCACAAAGUCUAUUCCAGGUCCUGUGGCCUCAGUCUGCAGCCCACACUGCUUUGUGAGUUGCUAGGACUUCUCUUACUGGACAGACUGGCAUCAUCAUUCUCUUCAGCUGAAAUAGUGUCCUGUGGAAAGAACUUCAAAGGGAUCCAAGUCAGGUUUUGUGACGUGCGAUGGCCCCUUAGAGUUAAUUAGCUCUGAGGACAGAUCUGGCCAGUAAUGGUUAAGCAGAGCCUGUUAUACAGGUCAGUGCAUCUAGUGGAACUCCUGAAGGAUCUGCUCU